AUGGCAAGGACACUCGAGCGGACUCGGAAGGCCCAACGCUAUCCUUUGCCCUGGCUCAUCCACUGUAAGAAAGCCAACCUGUCCUGCCUCCCCAGCACCAUUGGCUGUUUGAGAAGAUUGAUGAGUUCUUCGAGUGACAGGCUUUGCCUGAAGGACUCAGUGAGCGGUGCGGCAUCGCCUGUGGCGGUGGCGACCAGGUUGAUCCUCCAGAAGUGUCAACGACCACCACGCUGGGCCUUGGCCCUCCAUUACCUGGAUGAAGUGUCAGAGGUCUUGGUGCCGGACGUGGUGUGCUUCAGCGCGGUCAUCGGAAUUUGCUCUAAGGCCACGGUCUGGCCAGCGGGACUUCAAGUGUUGCAGCAGAUGCAGAAGGUGCAAGUAGCUCCCAACCUCAUCACCUACAACUCCCUCGUGGCAGCUAGCAGCCGGGCCACCCAGUGGCACUUGGCCUUUCGUCUGAUCGACGAGAUGAAGCUACAACUCCUACAGCCAGACCAGGUGACCUACAACACCUCCCUGGUGGCGCUGCGUCGUGCCGGCCUCGCACGACAGGCGCUGCGCGUCCGGCCGUGGAGUGACCAGGCACAUGCGGAUGCAUAUACCUACUGUGCUUGGAUAAGUGCCUGCAGUAAGACGACACAGUGGGCCAAAGCGCUGAAUCUGGUGGAGGAUGCCCAAAAGCGAGAGCUACAUCUCAACAAAUAUGUCUUGAGCGCUGCCAUUGCUGCCUGUGGGCGUGGCUUGCAGCCGCGCCAAGCCCUUCAGCUUUUGCUCUCGGAUGCGACUGCCAGCGCGACGAACGUGAGCCGCGACACCGUGAGCCGCGACGCGGCCGUGAAGGCCUGUGCCGACGGACUCCUUUGGGCCGAGGCCGUAAGCUUGUUGACGUCCGGGGGUGGUCCGCGCGCAGGUGUCCAGAGCUUCUUGAGCGCUGCCUGGGCAAUUUCGAGCGCUUCCACCUCCGAACACUUAAGCUUCAAGGUGAUGAUGGCUGCACAGGAGAAGGCCAGUCGUCAGCUCUUGCAGAAUCCCUUGUCACCGGGCGCCUGGCACGAUGCCGUGCUGGCGGAGUCUUUGAUCCACCUCCUCCGCAGUGAGACUCCGUCUUUGGUGCGCGUGGCCACGAAGCGGGGCCAGCUGUUGCGGUUGCUGAGAGGCUAUGUGACCUCACCCGUGGUGGCACAGCUGGCUACUGGUCGCGAAGUUCGGGAAGGCGGCCACUUGAGAUCGGACUUGCUGGAAGAGCAAUACACCUUUGGCGGGCUUUGCAAAGAGUUGGCCUUGGAUUUGGGGAUGGCUGAGGACUACCCCGUUUCCAAGCUGCCUUGGACACCACGCCGACGUCCCAGCCGCGAUUUCGGAGUCGUGUCGCCGAUGGAGCCAGUGGCGCGCGAGAUGUUGGUCGACCUACGUUUCGAGCUCCAGAGUCCGGCUUCCACUUCCGGAUGGCUCAAUGGGCGCCAACAAGUGCCUUAUGGCGGGUGA